CUCCUGACCUGAUUUGCGAUUUUGAAAGAGAUUCCAACUCCAAAAGAGGAAUGUGCGUCAGCAAAACGCAGAGAACAGUCGAACACAUUAACGAAUAACGAUGAUUUUGAAUUUGUGUCGAGAGAAAGGAUCUAAUGAAAAGUAACCGGAUCACCCUUCUUUCAGGUGUCUUGUCAAUAGUCAAUGGAGCCCACAUAAGAGAAGCCUUGUUAUCAAUAGAUCGACGGUCGAGAGAUCUUGCGCUAAUGACUAAUGCGCAAGUUAAAAACCAUUAAUGUAUUAUAAACAGAAAGUCGGUUAACAACAACUUCUACUACGACCGGGGGCAAAAACCACUGCUACUACCGCGAAAUCUCCCUCCAGAGCCUCUUCAUAAUUUGUAGUUUGUACUCAAAGCGGCGGGCGGUUCCCUUUUCCGUUUCUCAUCCAACCUUCCAACUGUGAUCGAAAUUCCUUCUAAACGGAAAUGGAGGGUGUUCGGGACUCCAGUACUCGGCCGGUAAUCAUGGUAACCAACGACGACGGGAUUGAUGCUCCCGGCUUAAGAGCUCUUGUUCAGGUCUUGGUCUCCACCAAUCUCUACGAGGUUCUGGUCUGCGCACCUGAUUCGGAAAAAUCUGCUGUUAGUCACAGCAUUACAUGGCGUCAUGCUCUUUCUGUGAACAGAGUUGAAAUUGAAGGAACAACAGCUUAUGCAGUUUCUGGAACACCAGCAGAUUGUGCUUCUUUGGGUAUUUCCAAAGCAUUGUUUUCUACAAUUCCUGAUCUGGUUAUUAGUGGCAUCAAUAUGGGCAGCAACUGUGGAUAUCACGUUGUCUACUCUGGGACGGUAGCUGGUGCUCGAGAGGCAUUUUUUUAUGGUGUACCAUCUUUGGCCAUAUCAUAUGACUGGGUUAGAGGGAAGAGCAGUAUCCAAGACUUCAAACUAGGCGCAGAGGCAUCCUUGCCCAUCAUUAAUGCAAUAUUGGCUGCGCUGAAGAAUAAAACUUAUCCUCAGAACUGCUUUUUGAACAUGGAUUUGCCAACAGAUGUUGCAAACCAUAAGGGUUAUAAAGCAACAAAACAGGGUACAAGUAUUAUCAAAAUGGGGUGGACACAAGUUACCUCUGACAUAGAGGGAGGAAAAAUCUUGUCAACAAUGACAAUGGAGACUGACUCGUUAACAGGGCCAAAAACAGAUGUGCCCUCAACUAUAUCAGGAAAUCUUUUGUUCAAGAGAGAAGAAGAUAAGGAAGACACAGUUAUUCACGAAACUCAUGUGAUCGAAAGAUCAAUUGAUUUGGAGCAAGUGGUGAAAACUGAAGUUGAGAUAAAGGGGCAACAGUAUGAUGAUGGAGAUACAGAUCAUCAAGCUCUUCAGGAAGGAUAUAUUACUGUCACGCCUCUUGGUGCCCUCUCCAAUGCAGAGACAGAUUGCCAAUCCUAUUUCAAAGAUUGGCUGUCAUGCCUGGUGGAAUUUUCAUCUUCAUCUUCUUUAUAGUGAUGAAUGGUGUGCAUGGAGUGCCAUAGCCUGGAGAAUUUAUUACCUGAAAUGGCCUCAGCCGUGAACAAAGUUAGGGCAGUUCCUGAAAUGGCCUUGCCAGUCUUCAUUUAUUGAAAUUGUGCUCUGGUUGUUAUUCCGUUGCCUUCUGAUUUCCAGGGUCAAAUUUUGCAACAUUCACUUUCUGUUAAAAAUAUUGAAGAGACUCUUAUAGAUUGCAUAUUGAUUGUCAAAUUGGGCUACUUUUUGCAAAUUAUCUUUACUAUUAUAAUACUGAUAGUCUGAUACUUGUCUUGGGUGAUAUUUGAAAUAUUUAUUUUCCA